GUUAGAACUGGGAAGGAACAGGGUCGCGCGCGCGUGCGGCCUUGACUUUGACCUGAUCGAUGGAGCGCGAGCGCCGGCCGAGCCGAGGUGGAUCGGAGGAGUUAGCAGCCAGCAGGGGACCCCGGCCCAUAAGAGAGAAGAGCUAGCGCACCCGUGCUCGGCCUCGCUCGCUGUGCGCGCAGCGGCUAACCAAAACCAACCCAACGGGUGUGCGGGCCGGGUGUGGCGCGCGAUGUCCUCUUUCGAAUCUCUGCUGGAGCACUGGAUCGGCGGCGGCGAGUUUGUCGUGGACGACGACACGGAAGCAGAAGCAGCAGCCGCCGCAUGGAGCUUCCUCUCCUUCGACAUCGGCGCCGGCUACCACCCGCCGGAGCCAGCGGAGGAGCAGCCGGCGCCGCCGCUCGUCGACGCGCUCCAAGCCGAAACUGACCACUGCGCGAGUGGUACAGCCGGAGGCAGCAGCGAUGGCGAGCCCGGCGGCAAGCAGAGCCAGACGGAGGCGUCGUCAUUAGCGCUCAGCUCAGAGGGGCACGGCGGCAAUGGCGUCGUCGUCCCGGCGGUCGAGGAGAACAAGGACGACGGGGAGAAGACGAGGAAGAAGAAGAUCGCGUUCAGGACGCGGUCGGAGGUGGACGUGCUGGACGACGGCUACCGGUGGCACAAGUACGGGAAGAAGAUGGUCAAGAACAGCCCCAACCCGAGGAACUACUACCGGUGCUCGAGGAAGGGGUGCCAGGUGAAGAAGCUGGUGGAGCGGGCGCGGGACGACGAGCGCUUCGUCAUCACCACCUACGACGGCGUCCACAACCACUCCGCCGCGCCGCCGCUGCCGCACGCGCCGCGGGGCUACCGACGCCUCCUCGACCCGCCGCCGCCGCCGGCGGCGCAGCAGGGCCACCGUGUCUUCUAGCUUAGCUAGUUCUCUAGCUAGCGAGGAGAAGCUACUUCAUCUCAUCCACGGCACGGCACCGCACCGCACCGCACCGUCAGGAACCUACAGUACUAGUCCACCGAUCCGGGCAGAAAAGCCUGACGCUUCGCACAAGCAGCUAGCUAGCACGGUUCAUUUCCUUUUUUUCUUUCGCUAAUAAUCAUGCAUGAACGUCAACAUUUUUUUUGUCGCGGGACGUGGUAUGUGUCGAGGAGACUUGUACUAUUAGCCUAUUGUCCCAACAUGAUUUAUAUUAUCUUUUCAAUGAUGAUGAUGAUGAUUAGUCGAUCGGUUAGGAA